CCGAGCGAAUCCCUUAUCGAUUCGUAUAUAACACGAACUCCGAGUUCGCAACGCAGAAGUCGUAGAAUGCAAAGGCGCCAGUGGCCUCUCACUUGAAGCUUGCACUGUAAUGUCGCACGCUAUACAUCUUCUUCCGAACAACGUUUCUGGUUGUGGACGAUCAGAGGGCAGAUGCCUCUCAUUUUAUGGGAUUUCUGGAAGGACAGUGGUUUUACCUCCUUGCCUCUCUCGUGUUGAUUGCAAAAUACAUUUACAAGUAAAGAUCGGAUCUUUAAAAUGUGAUUCUAGGAGAGUCUCUUUUGUGUGUAAAGCAACUUCUGGGGGUAAUAGGAGAAAUCCAGAUUUCUCACGUCAAAGUAAACAUGGGUUCCGAGGCAGAAACAGACAAAAUGAAGAGAGAGAUAGCUUUGAUAGUCUUGAUGAUUCUGAGAUACUACCUUCAAAAAAUGGGCCAUUAUUCUCCCUCUCAAAUUCCCCUAAAUUUCAAGCUACUGCUGCCCCUGGACCCAGAGAGAAAGAAAUUGUUGAACUUUUCAGGAAAGUUCAGGCUCAACUUCGAGAGCGAGCAGCUGCUAAGGAGGAUAGGAAGAUUGAGACCUCCCAAGGACAAGGCAAAGCAAGUGAAACAGUGGAUUCCCUGCUUAAGUUAUUGAGGAAGCACUCUGUUGAACAGGGAAAGAGACAAAGCAGCACUUACAGCAGCCAAGAUUUCAAUUCAGACCAUGGAGAACUGAACGGAAAAUACAGUGAAGAUAAGAACACGAGUUUCUUUGAUUCAAGGAGCAAAGUGAGGGAUGAAGUCCAAGAACAUAAUAAUUCCUCUCCAUUAACCAGACCAGCAUCAAAUUUCCAGCGGAGGUCGCCAGUUCCACAAUCUAGAUAUCAGUCUGUUUAUUCCAGCGAGAGUGCUCUCAACACUGUAUCAUAUUCCAAUACAAGCGUGAGGAGAAAGAAAAAUCAGGUCGAAACACACCGUGAGCCUACAUACAAGCCUGUUGCUGACCCACAGCCUGAGGUGGCGCUUGGGCUGGAGUCAGAACCUGAAGCAGAGCCAGAGCCAGAGCUGGAGCCUGAGUCCAUUUAUCAAGAUGAGGAUAUUGCGGUAGCUGUACCAGAUAUUGUCUCUUCAGAUUUUGGUGAUGGUGAUAAUGAUGAAGAUGAAGAUGAAAAGGAAGAACAUCGGAUUGAAGAUGGAGAUCUAAAUGCAUUAAAGCUCCCAGAACUGAGGGCUCUUGCAAAGUCUCGUGGCGCGAAAGGGUUUUCAAAGAUGAAGAAGAGUGAGCUGGUAGACUUGCUAAGUGCUACCUCUGUCUGAUUGAUGUUGCGGGAAGACAGAGAACUAUCAACAGCAUACAUACUGAUAUAGGUUGUGAUGCACCUUUUCUUUUUCUUUUCUUUAAACUUCGACAGAUUUUUUUUGUCUGAAUCAUCUUCCUGUUAAACGUUCAGUGAAAUUUUGGAUUCAAAGUGUAGCUCUUUUGCCAUCUUCAAAAUUUUUCUUUUUUGGAAA